GAAAUUCUUAUUCCUCAGAUUAGAUAGCUUUCUUUCUUUUUUUCUGCUUGUUCGACUGAAUCCUCUGCUCGAAGAAAGCAUAAUCUGCAAUCAUGCCAAAGAACAAGGGAAAGGGAGGAAAGAAUAGGAAGAGAGGUAAGAAUGAGGCAGAUGAUGAGAAGCGGGAGCUUGUGUUUAAGGAAGAUGGGCAAGAAUAUGCCCAAGUUCUCCGAAUGCUAGGCAAUGGCCGGUGCGAAGCGAUGUGUAUUGAUGGGACUAAACGCCUUUGCCAUAUUCGGGGAAAAAUGCACAAGAAGGUUUGGAUUGCAGCUGGGGAUAUCAUUCUCGUUGGUCUCCGGGAGUAUCAGGACGACAAGGCUGAUGUGAUUCUCAAAUACAUGCCUGAUGAAGCCAGGCUUUUGAAAGCUUACAGUGAGCUACCUGAGAAUACACGUCUCAACGAGGGUAUUGUUGGAGGUAUGGAUGAUGACGAUGAAGGUGGUGGUGAUGCUUAUAUUGAGUUUGAGGAUGAAGAUAUUGAUAAGAUCUAGAUAUUUGGAGUAAUAUCUUAGUAAAGGAAAACUAUACUAUAGUCGGGUGAAGUUGUAUCGCCGAGGAGAAUGCAGACAGGAUCAGUUUUAUUCCAUGUAACAUCUCUUCUUUAUACUGUAUGAUUGCAUAUACCCCUUGUGGCCAAUAAUACUUAUAAUUAUAUUACAUACAUCUCCAAAGAUAAGCCAACUCUUUACCCAAUUACUGAGAUGGUCUCUUACCAUUCUUCUUCUUUUCAAAUGCUAUAUGUGACCUGUUCUGUUAUCUUGAAGUAAAUGUAUGGAUAUCCAUAUUGAUGAGGAAGGAGUUGGCGUCAGGUAUACAAUUAUUGCUGAAUGUACAAAAUAGUUAUGACAUC